AACCAUCCUUAAAAAAGACUGAGAGUGAUCACAUGUGAAUCAGAUCUGUGGACAGUCAGUGAAUCAAUCAAGAAGAUGAUUGUUUCCAUUUGUCUGCUGGUGUUUUUCGGCUGCGGCCUCAAUUUUGCCCAGCCUGGAGAUGAGUCGUAUGUUUCUAAGACAGAGUUUGAUGCACUGAAAGAAAAACUGGAAAAUUUGGAAACUAAGCUGAGAGACACUGAAAUCAGGCAGAUCAACAGUGACAGCCAGAUUGCUGAACUGAAGAAUCAAGGUAAACUGAUUAUUGACAGUGAAACCAAACAGAAGGAGACUGAAACCAGACUGCAGCACAGUGAAACCAGACUAAACAACAGUGAAAACCGGCUCAGGAAAAGUGAAAACCAGAUUAUGGAUCUGAUAAAUAAAGAGAGAACCAAGGUAAUGUUCAGUGCAGCAGCAGGUGGCAGUGGAAACAUUGGACCAUUUAACACAGACACGACUUUGAUCUACAGAGCAGUGAUAACAAACAUCGGUGGUGCCUACAGUCAAUAUACAGGUAUCUUCACUGCACCAGUUGCAGGUGUUUAUUACUUUACCUUCUACCAUCAUGCUGGAGGAGAGCACAGAGCAAUACUGAACCUGUACAAAAACAACCAGUUCAUUGUCAGAGUCGCCGAUCACCCGUCAAAUGAUCAUGCUGAUAAUGGAGGAAACGCAGCUUUCCUGCAGCUGCAGCAAGGUGACCAGGUGUAUGUCCUUUUGGCUUAUAACUCUCAUGUUUGGGGAACCGGCAACGUAACAACUUUCAGUGGUUUUCUGGUCAGUCAAAUAUGAGAAUGAAUAAAUAAUUUGCUAUUUUAUUUUAAUAUAGAAUCAAUACAUAGAUGUAAAGAUACCUUCAAACACUUGAAAUCAAUAAUACAUGUCUUACAAUCAGAAUUCAAACUCAAAUUACUAAAAAGAAGGCAGUCACUCAUUUUGUAAAUCUAGAGAAAUAACUCACUUGUAAAUGACUGCAAUGGAUCAUCUUUUAUUUACUACAUUGUGUCAUGAAUCAGACAGUUUUGUCACAUAAACAGAUUUAAAGCAGAUAAAAGCUGAACCCAGAAUGUUGUUUGUUUGUAGGAAGUUGAACAAAUGUGUCAACAAAUUCUGACAUUUGAACACUGGAUGUAUUAAGUUUCAUGCACCUCCAUGUUCUGUAAUAGUUUACUGCUGUAUGUCAUGAAUCAUAUCAGUAAUCUGCACAGUGUGUAUUUGUCUGUCUAUAAUCCAUUGAUAUUGAUAUUCUACUGUACAAUCACAAGAAAUAAAUACACUGAAAAACUCAUACUUUGUGUUGGUAAUUUGUGUUUUUAAAACUGCGACAACAUGAUAAGAAAGUUGAAUAUUGUCAUGGUUGAACUUCGUAUAAAUAAAACAAUUAUACAACAAAA